UUUAUUGGUUAUCCAAAAAUCAUAUGGUUUUCAUUUUCCAAAACUUUUCCGUAUAAUUCUUAUUAGUUUAAUAGAAUAAGUAUUUUUUAAAUUAUAAGUCUAAGUAGUGACAUCAAAAAACAACAAAAUGCCUCCAAAAAAGGCACCAGCCCCAAGUAAGAAAACAGAGUUGAAGAAGAAAGAAAAAGUCAUCGAGGAUAAAACAUUUGGAUUGAAAAAUAAAAAAGGUGCAAAGCAGCAGAAAUUUAUUCAGCAAGUUGAGAAACAAGUGAAGCCUGGAGUGAACCCAAGAAAAGGAGAAGAUCCAAAUGCAAAGAAACUUGAAAAAGAGAAAAAAUUAAAAGAACAAAAAGAACUUGCGCUCUUAUUUAAACCAGUACAAACUCAAAAAAUUGAUAAGGGAACUGAUCCUAAGUCAGUAGUUUGUGCUUUCUUUAAACAAGGCCAAUGUGCAAAGGGAGAAAAAUGUAAAUUUUCUCAUGAUCUAAGUAUUGAACGUAAAGCUGAAAAAAGGUCACUAUAUUGUGAUAUGCGAGAUGAUGACAAGGAAACAGAUACAAUGGAUAAAUGGGAUGAAGAUAAAUUGAAAGAAGUCGUCGAAAAAAAACACGGAGGUGGUGGAAACAAACCAACAACAGAUAUUAUUUGCAAACAUUUCUUGGAAGCUGUGGAAAAGUCUAAAUAUGGAUGGUUCUGGGAGUGUCCCUCUGGGCAAAAGUGUAUUUAUCGACAUGCUUUACCGCCAGGAUUUGUUCUCAAAAAAGACAAGAAGAAAGAAGAUAAGAAGGACGAAAUUUCGCUGGAAGAUUUGAUAGAAAAAGAACGUGCGAAUUUAGGACCAAAUCAAACUAGAAUAACAUUAGAAACCUUUUUGGCAUGGAAGAAACGUAAGAUAAGAGAAAAGAAAGAGAAAGCUGAGAAAGAUGAAGAGAAAAGACGAAACGACUUCAAAGCAGGUCGUCAAGUUGGAAUUUCUGGGCGUGAGAUGUUUUCAUUUAAUCCUGAGCUUGCUGCUGGAGACGGCAUUGAUGAUGGUGACGAAGCCAUUGAUAGUUAUGCUCUACAUGAAGAGGAUGGCGAAAAUGUAGAGUAUCGAGAGCUAGAUAUAGAUAAAUUGGGAAUGGAAGCUCGAGAAUUAGACACAACUGGUAUAACAAUUGCUCAAGCGGAUAGAUUGACGAGUGAAAAAGUUCCAGAAAUUAAUGGUGAACCUGAAGCUGUAACAGUAGUUGGAGAAGGGGCUACAGCAUUAGCUAUAAAUGAAAACUUAUUUACUGAAGAUGACUUAGAAGGUUUAGAAGAAGAAUUAGAGGAGCUGGACAUGGAGGAGUGAUCCAGACAUCCAGACCCAGCCUCCUCCAAAUUUUCAAUCAAUUUAUAUCACUUAAUGUACAGUGUAUGCUGCCUGAUUACGCUUGAAGCCAAUAUAUCAUGUCUGAUAACAA